AUGGCUACUUCUUCAGUACACAAAUACCGCCCAGUCGUCAUAUCCGGUCCUUCAGGCACAGGCAAAUCGACUCUCCUCAAAAGACUCUUCGCCGAGUUCCCAGAUACCUUUGGUUUUUCAAUUUCUCACACCACUCGCGCCCCCAGAGCAGGCGAAGAAGAUGGAAGGGAAUACUACUUUACGACGAAAGACGACUUUCUGAAACUCGUUGACGAGAAUGGGUUUAUUGAACACGCGCAAUUCGGCGGCAACUUCUACGGCACCAGCGUCCAGGCCGUACGCAACAUCGCCUCCAAGCAAAGAAUAUGCAUCCUCGAUAUCGAGAUGGAAGGAGUCAAACAGGUGAAACGAACAGACCUCAACGCACGCUUCCUUUUCUUGUCGCCACCAUCCCUCGAAGAACUUGAGCGCAGACUACGGGGUCGCGGCACCGAGACGGAGGAUAGUCUGAACAAACGUCUGGCGCAGGCGAGGAAUGAGUUGGAGUACUCGAGACAGCCCGGUGCGCAUGACAAGAUCGUUGUGAAUGAUGAUUUGGAGAAGGCGUACACGGAGUUGAGGGAUUGGAUUGUGGAUGGAGGAAAGUUUGGGGCUAGCGAGUGA